AUCUGAUUGGGUAUGAGUCAGUGGGACAACACAGCUCGGUGUGGAUGGUGUUCAUUGAGAAAACAACUCGGUUUGUGUGUUUUUACGGAUAGUUAAGUGUAGUGGACCCAAGUUUGCUAAUGUGUUUGAGGCCUGCCUGUGUCCAGGGGCAUGCGCACGUUUAAGACUGUUGACGGACUCAACUUUCGAAUGUUAUUUACCUCCGUGAAAGUCCUGUGUGUGUGAGGCCGAUUGGAGUUGGAUAUCGUCAAGAUGGCUGAAUCGAGCUACUACCAGGGCGCGGGUGGCGCGGGCCACCCGGUGCUGUACGAGCUGAGCCACAAGUACGGGCUCCGCACGGAGCAGGUGCCCGAGUCGGAGCUGCCCAACGUGCUGGAGGAGCUCAAGGAGCUGAUCCGGCGCGAGAUCCGCAAGGAGCUCAAGAUCAAGGAGGGCGCCGAGAAGCUGCGCGAGGUGGCCGCCGACCGGCGCUCCGUGGCGGCCAUCGUCAAGGCGGCCAACGGCAGGCUGUCCGAGCUGCAGGCCGAGCUGCACGAGCUGGAGGACAAGAUCAUCAUGACGCAGGGGCUGUCGCAGGGCCUGCAGCCCCACCACCACGGCCACCACGGCCACCACCACGCGCUGCAGGCGCCGGCCACCCCGCCCGCCCACCACAACGGCAGAGAUGCCGUGGCGUCGCCGGCGGCCGGGCAGGCGUCGACGCCCAACCCGGAGGACGGCAUGUACAGCGGUGACCAGCGCCUCAUCUCGCUGGAGAAGCAGCUCAACAUCGAGCUCAAGGUGAAGCAGGGCGCCGAGAACAUGAUCCAGAGCCUGACGUCGCGCAGCGGGCACUCGCGCGACAAGAAGCUGCUGGCCGAGGCGCAGCAGAUGCUGCAGGACUCGAAGGUCAAGAUCGAGUUCCUGCGCAUGCGCACCGACAAGCUCAAGAAGCAGCAGCCCCAGGCGUACCGCGCCGAUACCCCGAGCAAUGGCGACCACCCCAAGUCGCUGGAGAGCCGCACCUACGAGUCGAACCUGGAGCUGCCGCUGGAGGAGCGCGUCGAGGAGCUCCGGCACCGCCUGCGCAUCGAGGCGGCCGUCGUGGAGGGCGCCAAGAACGUGAUCCGGCUGCUGCAGCAGAGCACCAAGGUGACCGACAAGCGCGCCCUGCAGGAGGCACAAGCAAGUUUAUCAGAAUCAAGUCGGAAGCUGGAUCUUCUGAGAAAAUCCCUGGAAAUGCGACGUGCUGAAUUGCCGCCAGAUUCUCCUGCUGCUGCUCAACUCAAAAGGGAACUCCAAAAUGCUCAGGCAGCUAGCCCAGUACCUGUAACAUACACUAGUCUUCAGCCUUUCCGUGAUGGGAAUAUGCUUGAUAAGCCUCAACAUCAAAGUACGGGCACAAGGUCUCAGUCUUUGAGUAGAGCUGCAUUUGUCACUGGAAAAUUAGAAGUUCGGUUAAUGGGUUGCCAAGAUCUCUUGGAGGAGGUUCCUGGAAGAUCCAGAAGAGACAAAGAUUCUACGUCAAGUCCUAGUGGUGAUUUAAGAUCUUUUGUAAAAGGAGUCACAGGCCGAAGCUCUAGUAAAUCAUACAGUAUAAAAGAUGAGACCAGCAAUGAGAUUAUGGCUGUGAUAAAGCUCGAUAAUCAAACUGUGGCUCAAACGAAUUGGCGUCCUUGUUCACAACAGGCCUGGGACCAGAGAUUUUCCAUUGAUCUGGACAAGUCCAGAGAGCUUGAAGUUGGUAUUUACUGGCGAGAUUGGCGUUCUCUCUGUGCUAUUAAGUUCUUACGGCUGGAGGAGUUCAUAGAUGAUAUACGCCAUGGUAUGGCUUUGCAGUUAGAGCCUCAGGGUCUUCUCUUUGCAGAGAUUAAAUUCCUGAAUCCUAUGAUUUCACGAAAGCCUAAACUUCGUCGACAGAGGAAGAUUUUCAAGCAACAAGUUAAAAACUUCCCUAGAGCAACUCAAAUGAACAUCAAUGUUGCAACCUGGGGCCGCUUGUUGAAGCGAUCUUCUCCAUCUAUCCAGAACAACAACAAUCAUGGAAAUUCUCGCUCUGCGUCUGAAAGCCCUCCAUCAGGUCGGUCUGCCCGACAACUGAAGCUUGGAGAAAAUGGAAAUAGACAUUUAAAUGGCAUUGAGCCGCUUGAUGCUACUCUCGUGGAGGACAAGGCAGAAGCACCUGGAGAGGCUCCCGACCUCCAGACGGCGGGGCUCUCUGGUGCUCGUCCCCUUGGUCUUGGAGUGGCGGUCCUACCUCCCCUCCCGCCCGACGUUGCCUCCAACCAGUUCCUUCCAUCUAGUAUGGCUCACAAGAAACGGACUUCACCACUUCCCACCCCACCUCCGCCACCACCGCCAAGGCUUGAUCCUGAGUUGCAGAGUGCACUUCGGGAGUUUGACUUUCUGCAUCAGGAGGGGUCUCCUGAUCAACUUCAUCGUCGCCUUAGUGGACCUCUUAUACGGCCACUAUCGAUUCCUGGCCCUGAUCAGCAACAACCCUCUCAUUCAAGUCAACAGCGCUCUCCUUCACCCCAACCGGUCGUAGAGUUCCCCCAGGAUGAGAUUGUGUAUGAUGAGCCAGAAGUAGCGAGGCGCCCCGCUGCUAGAGGCCUAGAAUAUCGGGACAGUGCCUAUGAAUCUAGGAGGCAUUCACAGUUUACUGGAAUGUCAUUGGAGAACUUCCGACUUUUGAGUGUUUUGGGUCGUGGCCACUUCGGAAAAGUAAUUCUCUCUCAGUACCGUAAUACUGGGGAGUACUUCGCCAUUAAAGCUUUGAAGAAAGGUGAUAUAAUUGCUCGUGAUGAAGUGGAAUCUCUCCUGUCAGAGAAAAGAAUCUUUGAAGUUGCAAAUCAAAUGCGUCAUCCAUUCCUUGUAAAUUUAUUUGCUUGUUUCCAGACUGAAGCUCAUGUUUGCUUCGUCAUGGAAUAUGCUGCUGGAGGAGAUUUGAUGAUGCACAUCCAUGCUGAUGUUUUCUCCGAACCUCGUGCCAUUUUUUAUGCAGCUUGUGUCGUAUUGGGUCUACAGUAUCUUCAUGAAAGCAAAAUUAUUUAUCGUGAUUUGAAGCUGGAUAACCUCCUCCUGGAUACGGAAGGAUAUGUAAAAAUAGCAGACUUUGGUUUAUGUAAGGAAGGUAUGGGAUUUGGAGAUCGCACUGGAACUUUCUGUGGUACUCCAGAAUUUUUAGCUCCAGAAGUCCUCACUGAAACUUCUUACACUCGUGCUGUUGACUGGUGGGGCCUGGGAGUUCUUAUCUUCGAAAUGCUUGUUGGAGAGUCACCUUUCCCUGGAGAUGAUGAAGAGGAAGUGUUUGAUUCAAUUGUGAACGAUGAAGUUCGUUACCCUCGUUUCUUGUCUCUUGAAUCCAUUGCAAUUAUGAGAAGACUACUGCGUAAGAACCCAGAACGCCGAUUAGGUUCUAGUGAAAGAGAUGCUGAGGAUGUUAAAAAACAAGCCUUUUUCCGCCACAUUGCUUGGGAUGACUUGUUGCUACGUAGAGUGAAGCCACCUUUUGUUCCUACUGUAGCGUGUUCAGAAGAUGUGAGUAACUUUGAUGAAGAGUUUACUUCAGAAAAGCCCCAACUGACUCCUCCCAAAGAACCUCGUCCCUUGACAGAUGAAGAGCAAAACCUAUUUCGUGACUUUACGUACAUGGCAGAUUGGUGUUGAUAAUUUAUUUGCUUCGAGAUGUUGUGUGUGUGUGUGGUUUAUUACUAUUACUUCAAGCUAACCCAGUAAAUUGAAAACUAAACCUAUUUUAUUAAAUCUAUAAAUUUUUUGGGGGGAAAUUGUACUUUUAACUGUGGUUGACUGACAGUAUUACAGGAGAAAAUAAUUGAUUUUCUUUUCUAAUGAGGUUUGAAGUAUCAUCAUUGUCAAGGUGUUGCAGCAAGUGUCUGGUGGAAACUGACAUUUCAAUAGUGUUUGUUCCAUUUGACAUGAUCUCAGUAGCUGCCUUUGAGUGGGCAGCUACGUGUCUACUUAUGAAUUUUAAGUGAAGAGAUGAGCCAUAGAGUAGUCUCUGUGAUAGACUCAAAUGAGUCAGAGAAGUGCCUUGGAGCUGACAAUAUCACAAAUGGAGGCAAUAUUGAAGAUGGUGUUGCCAUGAGAGGGUACAAUUGUGUCUUGUUAUACAAUAGUAUUUCCAUUUCAUAACUGCAUAAAAGCUAGUGUUGUUGUUUGAUAAUUUCAUUUUCCUGUAAAUUUGUAAAUAAUUAUAUAUCUUUAUAUGUAUAUAUACGUAUGCUGUAUUUUAUUGAAAAUUUGCUAUUGCUCACUUGUGAAUUUUAAAUGAAAUAAUGCUGCCGUUGGCUGAUUAUGUAUUUGGAUGUUUUUAGAUUAGAGUAGAAGUUUUGUGCUGGGGCCAGUCUCCUCGAAAUUAAGUGUACAUUGUUCAUGCACCGUGAUGUUUUUGAGUUCAAUACAAUGUAGUGCAAUGAGCACAUUUGUUAUUACCUGCAUUUCCUUAACUAUCAUGCCAUUCUAGGGAAGAAGUCCCCUCCCUUCAAAUAAUGAAAAUAUUGCAAUGUUUGAGAAUUGAUCACCUAUUGUUAAGUCAUUAUUGUUGUUUUAUUAUUUUUAUCUUGUGCUGAGCUUGUGCCUUAGCCAUUUUAUAAAUUUGUAUUACUAAUGUUUUAAAGAUAAUUCCUGUAUUAUUUGAAGUUCUUUUACAGAUAAAUUGAUUUAUUAUUUUCAUUGUAAAAGUGCAUUUUAAAUAUACGAGCCCUGUUGAUUAGAUUGUUCAGUGCCUUGUUUAGACUGAAAUAUAUAUUUAUGUGUAUGCUGCUUGUAGUGGUUCAGUAAGAACUGUUUCAAGUAUACUCAGAUGUCUUUACUCUGUUGAUUUUUAUGAACUAUUGCCUCCAAACGGUUUUGCUACGCUUCCUCUUCCUUAUGUUCUGGAAUUAAGGCUUUUUUCUGUUAGCACCUCUGAGGUGACGUCAAUAAAAUUCUUUCAUGCAAAACGUAAACAAGUGUUUUCUAUGAUCAAAAAUUUUAAUGUAUUGUGGUUAGAGAGCUUGAAUCAGUAUGAAAUAUUGUACUAAAGCCUGUAAAAAAUUCUUCACAUUCCUAGCUCCUGUUCCUACAAGACCCUAGAAAUGAGGUAAAAAAAUUAUCUGGACAAUCAUUUUGUCUUUGUCUACCUUUCCAAUGUCCACUGUUAACUUCUAUAUCCGAAUUGUCUACUGUUCAAGAAUGUUGGGAGUGAUGUGUAAGAAAGUUCGAGACAUAAUUGUUAAAAUGAAGAUUGAUAAUCCCUACAAAAGAAAUCGGUUUUCAAUCCUUGCAUUUUCGACCUUUCUGUCAUUUUGAAUGGUUGCAACUUCAUUUCAGCAUACAUUACAUGAGCCCUGCCCAGAUUGGGCCCCGACGGCUUUUUGCUCUACCUAGAAGCUCAACCGAGCCCCGAACCGGACUCGGAUCGACCUCAGAACUCAGUUGGCCGUCGGGGCCAAUCGGAGCUCAAGUGGGACAUAGCUCACGUUCUGUAUUUCUUAUUUCAUGCUGGAGUAACAAAACAUGAGCUUGGCAUAUGAAAGGUAUGGACAGAAUGGAUUUUGCAUUGACAGAGAUGCUCGUGUGUCAUUGGAUGCACAUCAUUCUGUUUUCCUCAAAUUUCUGUAUAUUAGAAAGAGAUUUUGGCUGAUCUAUGCUUUUUAAAGCUUUUUGCAACUCAAACCAGGUUUAGGGUGUUUUGUCAAUCUGACAAUCUAAUUAUUCAUCCCGUUGUGAUAAAAAAAAACUAUCAAAAUAAGAGAUUUAGCUGUACAGGAUUAUUUUUUCUUGUGUGUGUUACCAUUGCCCUGUGAACUGCAUUUAUAGGGAACAAUUUUAAUAAUAUUGAAUUUAAGUAAUAAUUUUGAUUUGUUUUUAAAUUGAAGCCUACCCUACUAAUGGUUGUGUUCUGAUUGUAGCAAAUAUCUAAAUGUGUGAAACCUGAUAACGUAUUAUUACAGUAUGAUGACAAUUGCUCAUAAUGAAGUUUUUUUCUUUUUCUAGAGUUGUUGAUCAUUGCAAAUUUAGCCCUGAGGUAGUGUGAUUGCCACCGAGCAAUUAUAGUACAUAUCACCUCAUGCCAUGUUGCCUUUCAUAGUGCCAAAAGAUUCUAAUAUUGUAUUGUUUGUUAACUUUAUUAUAAUUUACUUGCCUUUUGGUGCACUUUUCACCCUCAUUAAAUUUCUUGUCAGUCUCUCUGCAAAUGGUGAAUUUUUAUUUGUCUCAUUGCUUGCUUUAAUAUGGCACUAACCAUGUACGCACUGCAUUGUUUAUUUAUUUCAAUCCGUUUAAAUUAUUGUAGUUGGUGACUUGAUCUUUCUUGCAAGGUACCUGUGCAUGUAAUGCCCACAAUUUCCAACUCGCGGGGAUGUAGGUGGGCUUCUAUCAGGCUUUGUACAUAUCCUGAGUUUUGUUAAUAAAAAUUCCAAGCAUUACACCUUCUUAAGGUUCA